AAACGAGGCAUCGGGCACCGUUGGUUGUGAUUUUGACUGAACGAAUCGAGCUCCGAUACUUCACACCCGAUAUUACUUUGCCAAUCUGCUAACUAACGUUAUUGUUCAGUUACAUAGCGCGUUUUACCCGUUAGAUCUGUUGUUUGAUAUACAGUCUGUGUUUUUUUUUGUGUAACGGCAAGCGUUAUGGUCUCUAACGUGCAUUUAGAUGUUGCCUCCCCUGGUUUUCCAGAUGGUCGGAGCUGUUCAGAGAACAUCGUAGAAAUGGUUGACAUGGACGAGGAAAACUUCGCUAUAUCCAGUUCCUCACCUGCAAUUGCCGCUUUUGAUGCUGUCAUUGGCUGCAUAGAGGACAUCAUCAUGGAGGGUGAGUUUCAGCAGCUUCAGCAGAACUUCAUGGAUAAAUACUACCUGGAAUUUGACGACUCUGAUGAGAACAAGCUCAGCUACACACCCAUCUUCAAUGAAUAUGUGGAUCUGCUGGAGGGACGCUUGGAGCAGCAGGUGAUGGAGCGAAUCCCCGGCUUCAACAUGAACACGUUCACAGAGCUGCUCAUGCAGCACAAAGAGGAGGUCGCAGGUGACAUCUUUGACCUGCUGCUGACGUUCACCGACUUCAUGGCGUUCAAGGAGAUGUUUCUGGAUUACAGAGCUGAGAAGGAGGGCAGAAGCCUGGACAUGAGUCAGGGACUGGUGGUCACACCGCUGAUCCCUGCAGGCUCCAGACACACCGGCUCCACUGAGUCACAGUGAAACUGCCUUGAAGCGGCCUUGGUGGAGGUUCCACAGGCCACACCCAGUAUACACCCCCUUGUCAAAGCUCAAGCAGAUUGCGCCACGAAUCAUCAAGUCAUAACCAAUAUAUGCCAGUCAAACUACGGAGGAAGAGAGAGAGAGGGAAAGUGAGAGGAUCAGAGGCGAUAAGAAAAAAAGUGAGGUCGUUUGUCCUUUUCUAUCCAACCACUGCAUCACUGGAUCACUCCAAAAAAAAAAAACACUCUGCAUUUCAGUCUUCACUGUCAGUCACAAAACCGGUCAUUCAUUCACAACACAGCAGUACUACCCGGAACGGAUCUCAAACAGACUGGACUGGACUGAGCUGACCCACAAGUUAAAAAAAAACCUCUUUAAAGGAAUUUUGCCCCAGAGUUCCCAAAGAUGUGAUUCAUUGACACACUGUUGUUUCCUGGAUUUUGAUAUUUGUAAUAAAUGUAUGUUCAUGUGA